AUGGCUACACGCGCAUUCGGCGGAGGAGGAGGCGGCGGCGGCGUCCUCACUCCUAUCCCUCUCAACCUCGUUCCUCAGUCUGGGUCUGGGUCUGGAUUUGGAUCUGGGUCUACGUCUGCGCAAUCACCGUACAAAAAACGAAAGGUCUCGUCCUCGUCAUCGUAUGGGAUCUUCGACACGAACGCGAUCUCGAACUCGAACUCGAAAGCGUCAUGGGCGCAGACAAUUACCAUUCGGGUGAGUUCCCACCCUCACACCCAAUUCCAACCGCAAACGAUAUCCCUCGCCCCUAUCGCUCUCCUCCCGCGCCACUCCGUCCCGUUCACAUGGACAGAAUACCAGAACUCCCGUGAGGGGUGGUUCUCGGCGUAUAUCCCUGCCCUCGAGGAGGAUUUGGGGAAGGUUCUUGUUGCGAGGACGGGCACUGCUACUACUUGUACUACUACAACGGAGGAAGGGGGCUUGGUUGUUGUGGAGAGGGUCAAGAGGGGGGUGUUUGUUUUGGGGAGGGUGAGGGGGAUAUCUGAGGGGGAGGUUUUGAUUACAGGGAAGGGAGGUAUGUCUCUUGGGGCUCUGGGUGACGAUGAAAGAAAGAGGGAUUGGAGGUGGUGCUGGUGCUGGUGUGGGUGGGGGGAGUGGUGGGAGGCUGCGAAGGUUGAGGAUCCGGGUGUUGGUGUUGGUCUUGGUGGUGGUCUUGGUGGGAGAAGUAUGUUGGGGAAGAGGGGAUUGCGUGAUGGUGUGAAGGUGGCCUUCAAGGGUGUGAGCGCGGCCCUGGAGGGGGUGGUCGGUGUGAGUGAUCAGUCGCAGCCGCAGACUCAGACUCAGCACGACGGGAUGAGGAGUUCAAGCCCCGUUCUGCUUGGAGUUCUGGAGCAGGGUGCUGGUGCCGAGGAUGAUUACAGGGUUGAUGCGCUGCAGUCGCCGCAGGAGCUCCUGGACGGCCUGCGGGGGCAGUAUUUGCAGGCGCUGUAUGUUUCGAAGACCUCCGUGGCGUAUUUCGCCAAGGGUCCUUUGGCGCGUUGUCGUGCGGCUUUCCAGUCUGAGACUGAGUCGGCCAGAUCGGCAAAUCUGGUCGAGUUCUACAGGGAGGCCAUUCUCCCGGCAAAGCGGAUGGAUCACAAGUAUCGCGAAACGCUACCGUCUACGGUCCAGGAUAUCCUGCUCAGCGUGUCGGAUGAUGAGCCCGCGCAGUCGAAGAAAAAGCGCAAGAGCACGAAGAAGAAACUCGGCAAGAAUGGGCUGUAUCCCGAAGAAGGGGAUUUCAUUCGCAAGUGGUGGAAGGGUCGUACGUUGAAUGAGCAGGGCCCGUCUGACAUCUCCAGGGAGAUGGAGACUAAAAGACAUGUUGCGGAUUUGCGGUUGCGUGAAACGCAGCUACAGAUUCUCCUCAUCCUGGAGACUAUAGCUCUUGAGGCGGCCAUGGUCGACGAAAAGAAGCGUGAUGGCAAUGGGGAGAACUCAGCAGUUAAACCUGCGAAGAGCGCCAAAGCCAAGAAACCACAAGACCUGAAUGUCAUGCUUGAACUUCACCUUGACCGACUGUGCAUCUGGCAUGCCGUCAGUUUCGAAGAAGCCGUCGUCCCUGAUUCAGCAAAGACAUACGGCAGCAACCAUAUGUCCGGAAAGAAGGUCGAGAGUGACGCCGUCCGUGAUUUCUGCACGGAGGUCAUCGUCCCGUUCUACGCAUCGCGACUUCCGGACAAGUGCAAGCUGAUCACGCGCAAACUGGGCGUCUCGACCGCGAUAUCGCCUUUCACCAAGCAACCGCAGAAGAAGACACAGCGAGAGCCGGGCACGCCGGUUGAGCGACAACAGGCCCAGAAGCAGUCGCGUCGCCGCACGUUCCAGCGCGUGUUGACAGACCAAGCGACGUCCCAGGCACGCCCUCCAUCACUCCACCGCUCCAACACCACCCCGACGCAAGGCGAGAGCCGACGGGAUUCUCUCGACCCCCUCCUGCCUGUUCUCGGCACCAACGUGCGAGGCGGCAUACAAAAGGCCAAACGGGUCGAGAACCGCGAGGUGGAUCUGAACGCGGUUGCGCGCCAGCACGAGGCCAAGCUGAAGAAGAUGCACCUGCUGGUCGAGCAGAAGAAAGAGCUCGACGCCGCAAUCCACGCCCUCCGGAAGCCGAACCGCGAACUCGUGGCCAAGGACAUUGCCUAUGAUGCAGACAAGCGACUCACCACGGGCGGCAGCUCCAGGAAGCCCAAGAACCCCGUGCGAAACCCUCUCGGCCAAGGCGUGCAGGUUGCAGCCACGCCCAAGGGCAGUCGGAAGAAGGAUGCGUUUGCGGGAAUGCCGCCUGUGCCCAAAAGCCUGCUCCACCCGUCUUCGAUCUCCAAGGGACUGGGACUGGGACCACCGUCCUCGCCCUUCAACAGCGAGCCGCAGAUCGUCCCCGGCUCAACCAUCCGCCCCAGCAGCUCAUUUUCAGGCCCGUUCCGCUCCGCCGACCUCGGCGUCGUCCAGGAGACUCCCACACGCCGACCAACACAGCCACUCCUCUCAUCUGCGAUGGGCGCGUCCCCUAGCAUCUCGGGACCGCUUUUCCGCGUCCCCAGCAAACCCACCUCAACCUCACUCCCGGUGCCGGCCCCUGCCCCGGGUCCUCGGGCCACAGAAAAAGGCCCAACCACGCCGAUCGCAUCCCGGCACGUGGACCCAUUUAUGUCCCGGCUGCAGUCCACCGGCCACAACAGACCAUCGAUGAUCAUGGAGACGCCACCUAAGCAGGCCAUGGGGUUAGGCGCAGGCAUGGGGGCGGCGGGCGUGGCCAUGGCCCCUGCCGCGAUCCCUGUUCCUCAUCCGCAUUUCCAGGCCGAAGCAGAGGCCGUGACAGAGACGCCUGUGAAAACCACCACCCCCCCGGCAAGGGGACUGCUCGCCACGCCCGUGAAAAACACCCCCCGACUGGCCGUGCCGACCACGUCAGCUUCAGGAGCGGUGCCGGUGACCCCUGAGAAAUCCAUCUAUGCGCAUUUGGGGUGGGACGACGAUGAUGAUCUUGCUAUGUAGCGUUUGUUCAUUUUUACAGGGAUUCUUAUAAGGUGUAUGGCGUAUCCUGGCAUCAGGGUUAGUAUUAUUUUUGUUUGUUUGGUUUAGCGGGCGUUAGCAUAUGAUUUUGGAUGGUAUGGUUGGGUUGGAUUGGAUUGGAUUGAUGUCAUGGUUGAGGUAAUGAACAGCAUCAUACUACAUACACAGUAGUAGUUAUUCGAAGAUAGUCAGUCAGUCAUACAGGUAUGAUGAAAUCAUAGAUCUUCAAUGAAUAGCAUUUACACCUUCACAUCAUACAAUGUAGUCUCCGUAGGCAGUAAGUAUUCCAUGUACUAUCAUUACAAAGUACUCCGUAC